AUGCGAAUUUUUCGACUGAUUAAAACGGUCGAAAACUCCGACAUCAGCUCAUUUUUGCUCAUUCUGCCGAGUUUUUCGUUUGAGAAGCGGGCGAAUUCUGCAGCUAUCAACGUCACGUCGAAUCGACCGACGAUACUACUACGUAUAACUUACAUUAAAGCUACAUGGUAUGUUGUUCUUGGUUUUUGGGGGUUAUAAUUAGCUAUUAGGGGUAUUUUAGUGCAAUUUUUUAUUUUUAAUACCAUUUUUUUUAUUUUUUUUGUACACUUUUUCUUUUUGGUAUACUUUCUUCGUUUGGUACGCUAUCACUUUCUAGAACUAUCUUUGAAUGUAGUACUACUUAUGAUUUUAAUACAAUUUUCAAUUUUGGUACUAUUUUUAAAUUUAAUACACUUUCCAUUCUUUACCACUAUUUCUGAUUUGUGGUACCAUUUCUAAACUAGUCCCCUUUCCAGACCGAAAAAAAGCUCAGCCACAAAUGUGACGGUCACGACAACGGCCUCCGUGCUCCAGCAGCCGACCAGCGGCGCGCAGGAAGAUGCCCUGGACAUGGUGGAGAAGGUACGCCACUUGCCCUACUAUCACGGCCUUCUCAGUCGACACGACGUGGAGCCGCUGCUCAAGGUCGAAGGCGACUUUUUGUUGCGCAAAUCGGAAGUUAAGGGCGUGCUGGUAAUCACAUUGGCUGUUCGCGGCAACGGCGACAAGGUCUCACACUUUUUGAUCAACCAGACAGAGCAGGGCAGCUUCUACUUGGAGAAUCACCAUGUAAGUUUGGGAAGGGAAUUUGCCUGUUUCUAGACGAAAAUUCUAAAUUUCACCUAUCCAAAGUCAAAUUUUCACCAAUUGUUACCUAAAUUUAAAACUUUUCCUUCAAAAACAAGUUUAUUCAUUUCAGGAAAACAGUAUUGAAGAACUAAUCGAAUGGCACAUAAAAACAAGUAAUCCGGUAUCAGCAGCGUCGGCACUGAAACUGAAGAAGCCGGUUGAUAAGCAACCAUGGCUUUUGAAUCAUGAUUCCGUCAAAUUGACCAAAAAGUUGGGUGAAGGCGCGUUUGGAGAAGUAAGUUUUGACUUUUAACCAGGUUUUAAGCAAAUAAAAAUUUUUUGCUUAAUGGUACUACUGGUACAGUUGGUGGUGCAAGUGGUACAUUUUAUAGUACUAAAGUAAAAAAUCUUGUUUUUCACGCUAUACAAGCAACUUUUUACGAUAAAAAUAUUUUUGGUACCAAUGGUACACUUGGUACCCAAUAGUACAAAUGGUACCAAAACUGAUAAUAUUGGUACACUUGUAAAACCACUUAAAAAUAAUGCUUUAGGUAUAUCUGGCAGUGUUAACACAGGACCGUGUUCCAAUAAAAGUGGCAGUGAAGACAAUUCGAGGCAAAGUCAGUCGCGACGACCGUCUCAAGUUCAUGAAAGAAGCCCGACUGAUGAGGAAGCUCUCCAACAAACACAUUGUCAAAAUCAUGGGAGUUGCGGUGGGUUUUUUUGGGUUAUAAAAAACCAAAUUUUUAACCUGAACUUUUAAAAUCUCAAAAAAAAUUUCAAAAUUUUAAAUUUUAUUAACGCCAAAAAAGUCUUGUCGUUUUUGAACGUGUAAAUAGAUGUAAAUUGACGACAAGACUUUUUUAACACACUAAAAUAUUAAAAUUUCAAUUUUUCUUCCUAUAAACCUUUAAAAUUCCAAUUUUUCUUACUGUAACCUAUAAAAUUUCAACCUCUUUGACAGUAAACUUUUAAACUUUGCCUUUUUCAGGUCUACGAGCACCCUCUAAUGAUUGUGAUGGAGUUGUGCAUGGGCGGAUCUUUGCUGGGUUUUUUAAAAAAGCACAAAGGACAAGAGAUUCUGGGCACAAAACUACGGUUCUGUUACGAAAGCGCCAUUGGUUUGGAAUAUUUGGAGAAGCAGGGCUUUAUUCAUCGUGAUAUCGCGUAAGUUUUUUAUCAUUGUUAGCUAUUAAUAACGGUAACACUUUUUAGAAGCCCCAAGUAGCAUUUAAAACGUAGCUACGGGUUUAUUCUGCCAAAAAGUUUCACAAAAUAGAAAAAAAAAUUUUUUGUAAAAAAAGUCCUUUUUUAUUUUAUGACCUUACUGUUAUAUAAAGGUACCCAAAAUGUCAAUUCAAAUUAUAAAAUGCCACUCUCAAAGCCUUAUACCUCAUUUUCAAAGCAUUCAAUAUCACUUUCAAAGCCCAAUAUUUAAAAUUCAGAGCCCGAAACUGCCUACUGUCCGAGACCAACGACCUCAAGAUCAGUGACUUUGGUAUGUCAGACGAGCGCAAAAUACUGCAGGACGAUCGGCUGGACAAGGUCCCAGUCAAAUGGCUCGCACCCGAAACAAUGCAGUUAAAAAUGUACACGGGUAAGACCGAUGUCUGGUCCUACGGCGUAAUGGCGUGGGAGAUAUACGCGGACGGCGCCGAACCCUACCCCGGCCUGACAAAUAUUCAAACUCGCGCCAAGAUUGUGGUCCAAAACUAUCGAAUGACUAUGCCGGCGGUGAGUGAUUCAAGACCAAAUUUUCAAAUUUUUUAAAUUUUUCAAAGUUUUUCAUUUCAAAUAUUGCCAAAACAAACAUAAUGUAACUAUUAGGUUGUCCGGAAAGCUGCAUCAAUACAGUCUUGCCAAAGAUUUACAAGCUUUUUUAUUCCACGAAAUUGUGAGGCACCCAUCCCAUGUGUCCAACUUUUUGACCAUACCCAUUGCCUUCAAAUGAUCACCAAUGGUACUUUUUCCACAGUUUAGUAACUCUUCUAACUCCCGGAUUGUAAUAUGUGGGUCAUCUUCAAUCUUGCGCCUCAGAGCAUCUUUGUCAAGUUUGCUGGGUCUUCCUGCACGUGGUUUGUCUUCAAGCUUCUCAUCGUCCACACGAAACUUUGCGAACCAUCUGGUCACCGUAGAAUAACUCACAACAUUCUUACCCUCAUUUUCGUUUAUGAUUCUGAAGGUUUCUGCCGCAGUAUUUCCGCGUUUGAAUUCAUUCCAUAUAAUCACGCGCAGGCGAGAUUUCUCCAUUUUUUUCUAAUACCUAAAACAAUACAAAAAAAUGAAAUUAAGUUAUGUAACUUACCUUUUUGAAUAAUUUAGGUAACAAACAAACAAACAAAAAAAGAAUUUUUUCUUUCCGUCAAGAAAUAAAUUUUUCCUGAUUUUUCAAAGUUUACCUACUCAAAUAUUGCAGAACUUUCCGGACAACCUAAUAUUAGGUUGAACCAAAAGUAGCGGGACACUGUUCACUUGAAAAUUAAAUAUAAAGUGUCGCGUUACUUUUGAUCCAACCCAAUACAUACUACAUAAUGUAUAUAAAAACCAACCUUUGUUGUUUCAGGGUACUCCAGAAGCGGUGUGCAAACUGGUGGAGAAGUGCUGGGCCACGGAACCGAACGACAGACCGAACUUUGAGCUGAUUGUGAAAGCAUUAGAACCGCUGAUGCAAAAGGAGAAGAAGGAAUAA